UCGUCUGGUCACACUGAACCAGAGGUGGACCUGAACCAAGCCUCCUAAGAAAUCAUAUUUUAUUCCAUUUGCAGUUCAUCCUCUGGAAUCUGUCGCAAUGGUGUUCUACUUCAAGAGCAAUGUGGUCCAGCCGCCGGCGAUGCUUUACAUGGGUCGCGACAAGCACGAAAACGAGGAGCUCAUCAGAUGGGGCUGGCCGGAGGACGUGUGGUUCCAUGUCCACGACCUGUCCUCGGCUCACGUGUAUUUGCGGCUACGAAAGGGCCAGACAAUCGACGACAUACCCACCGAUGUGCUGGUGGACGCCGCUCAGUUGUGCAAGGCGAACAGCAUUCAGGGUAACAAGGUGAACAACCUGGAGGUGGUGUACACCAUGUGGGAGAACCUGAAGAAGACCCCGGACAUGGAGCCCGGCCAGGUGUCCUACCACAACGAGAAGGCGGUGCGUCGCAUCCGACUGGAAAAGCGCAUCAAUGAGAUUAUCAAUCGCCUGAACAGGACCAAGACGGAGGAGGAGCACCCCGAUUUCCGGGCACUGCGCGAGGCGCGGGAUGCGGCCGAGCGGCAGGAUCAAAAGAAGCUGCAGCGAGAGCGGCGCGAGCAGGAGAAGGAGGCUGCCAAGCAACGGGAGCUGGAGGCGGAGCUGCGAAGCUAUGCGUCCCUCCAGAAGUCGGAGAACAUGCGCACCAACUACGAUGCGGGCAACGAGUCGGAUGACUUCAUGUAGUCGCCGGGGCGGCAGGACCAAGUCCUGGUGCACCCUCGCAUUUACCCAAAACAUCCUUCGCCUUCCUCUACUUUUCCUACUCUAUCAAUCGCACAUCGUUUAGUAAAUGCCACAUUUUUGGUUCUUUAGAACCUGUCCGGCAGGCAUUGCCAAAGAAUUGAAUUGUGAGAAAAAAUAAAUAUAGAUUGUAAAUAUCAACAAGA